UUUAUAAUGGAGGUGUCCCACUGGGUGGGCAUCAAACAGUGUGGGAAGUGGCAGAGAGUGAUAUAAUUGCUACCACAUGCGUACUCAGUAAAUAUUGUUUUAUUCUCCCAAGUUCUUUUGCUUAUAUUUAGAUUUUAGGGAAAGCUGAUUUGUUUUAGAUAACCAUGCAAAGCUGUUUUUUCACUUAAAAGACAGUAUUACUCAGAUAAGUUCAAAAUUAACCCAUAUUUAGUAAAGGGUUUGCACGCUAGGACUAGGAGACAGACAUUGGAACUUUCCUCGUUGUCAGAAGCUGCUACAUUUGUUUAUUUGGUGAUAAGUAAGUAAUAUAACUCCUUUGCUCUGAGGUUGCAAACGAAAUCAGCGACAUACGGCAGCCCAAACUCUCAUUAUGUACUGGUCUAUAAUGAAACUCCAGCUCAAUUAGCUUUGACUCCAAGUUGGUAGCAUUCAAGCUACGGCAUUGACGUUUCUAUUAGGUUGUUGGAUAGAACACCUGAACUCUCCAGCUCCUGAGUUCCUCUUAACCACUCUGUCGCUAGUUGAGACUCGAUUGUGCAUCGCAAAUCUAGAGAUACAAGCGUCGGUUAUGUUACUAUCUACUUUAAAGAGAUAAUCCAAACAUGUUUGAUAUGGUAAACACAUUAGGUACAUAACAAGAUUUUGUUUUGUAGAAUCUUCUUACAGCUGAAUAUGUGCAUUUUAAAGUAAUUGGUUCUAUUUUUGUUUCAGUACUUUUUUCUAUUAGAAGGCUUGCUUCUGUUAUUUUAUAUAAAUAGCCAAAUAUGGCUUGCGUGAGAGGUAGCUUGGGAUUUAGACUGAGACGGGGAUACAGGUAUAAGCAACAAACGUCAAAUUGGCCUUAGCUUCCUGUAAUAUGCUUUUCAGCUAAGUAAAAUAUAAUCUAAUCUAUUAAACAUGAGAAAACAUAAAAGGGCUUUUCAGAAAUGGUUAGUUGUUACACUUACCCUGUUAAUUACCUUAGAAAAACUUUGGGCUGAAAGGUACACCAAUUGAAUUAUAAACCAACUGAUCUAGACCCAAUAGUCUUUUACUCUUCUUCCUUAAAAAAAACAUUCCCUAUAUGCAGCACUAAAUCCACUCAUCAACGUAAACAUCUUAUAAAAUUCUUUGAUAUAAUUAAAUUUAUGUGAAAUUAAUAAACUAGUGAGUUAUUUAAGAGUUAUCGAGGUGGUUUAGUUUUAUCUUUAAGGAAGAGCUAAAGUACAAGACAUAAUCAUAACCGUCAUAAAACCUUAAAAUUAUAAUAAGGAUCCUAAUUCAUAUAUGUUCUCUCCAUGUCUCCUCCUCUCUAAUUUAUUUCCUCAUUAUCUGCCUUUUAAAUGUACUUUUGUUUUUGUUUAGAUCAAACUCUUGUUUUGUUCUACAAAUAAUGUUUUGAAGCUAACGUUAGCUUACUGGUCCCAAAAUAUGUUGUGCCCUAAACUAGGUCAAAGUUUAAAUGCAGGACCACAAAAUUCUGUCCGAGUGUAAUCACUAAUUACAGCUUUAAUUAUGCAUUAAUUAUAGCGCAAAAUUAACCUAUGAUUAAUCAUACGUAAAUUGAUUCGUGUUUUUCUUUAUAUAGAUCAAAUGAAUGAAAAUAGAGAAAGAGAAGUGACAUUAUAGUUUGCAGAUUUUUUUUGUUGAACAAGACCGUUAACGUUAUAUUUUGGUGGUAACUAUGGCAGUUCAACCACAUGUCAUUUUAUUUGACUUUUUAAAGUCACUGAAGGUUUAUAGCUAGCAACUAGUAAUGCUCAUGAAACCUCCAGUCUUUUAAAUACACAUCGAGACAAUUAAAUUGGAUUAAGAGCUUUGAUAGUUAAGAUGGACCCUACAUAUGUUCAAAGGAUAAACACAUCUCAAGAAAUUCUUUGGUGGUUUAAUCAUUGAAACACUCUCUUCUUCCAUGUUUUCCUCCUUGAUGAAUCAUUACAAAUUUACUUGGGACUUAUUUUAUAAGAAAAAUGAAUACCUGUCUUCAUUAAACUAUCAACAAAAUCAACGUACGAACUAUACCUUUCACCAUUCAUAUAGACAAACCUACAAGAUCCUUCUUACAACUUACAAGAUCGGUUUUUAUAAAGGAUCAUCAUCAUGAAGCUCUUCCACAAGUUUCGAAAGAUUCUCAUGAGGCUCAUCGACAUCACUCUUCCUUGCUCCUCCCGCCGACAAAGGAAAUCAGGCGAGGGAGAGAGGUUUGAGCCGCCGAAGAUAUCUUGCAGUAGUUCGUACUAUUCUUCUCACGUACACUACAAUGAAGCUAUCGCAGAUUGCAUAGAGUUCUUUAAUAAGUCUUCCGCUAUGUCUUGUGAUGCGGAUCAUGGAGGUCGUCAUGUAGAGGAUCGUGACUGUUUUUACGUUUAAUCACAUCUCAAAAGCUCACAUGUUUCUCCUUUUUUUGUUGCUAUAACAUUUGAUUCGAGGCUUUGCUUUUAUUUUGUUUUAUUUGAGUUGUUGUGAUUUUGAAACACUUAUAUUAUAUAUGGCCAUUUAUAAAUUAUCCACAUUUUUAGGACUAUAGUUUUUUAAAACUUUCUAGCAUUUUCAUAGUUUUCAACCUAUCAUACUUUGAAAAGAAAUGGAUGUAACUAUGUGAACAUUUUUUAGGAGUCUAGUUUUCUUAGAUUUUUCUAGCAUUUCCAUCUAGGUUGAAAUACUCAUAUAUAGGAGAUUGUAGCUAAGUUUCUCGAGUUUUCAAAAUUGUGAAUUCAAUCAUAAUUAGGGUGUGAUCAUACCAACACUAAUGCAUUAUUUCAGAAAAACUCUGCAAUUAAAAUGCAAGAGUAAUAUUAGAAUCAGUGAUUUCCCAGAAAAUCUUCGUGUUGCACCAUUUCUUAAACCAACGAAGAAGAAUUGCUAAUUUUUUUAGUAUACCUAAUAUAAAUCUAAAUAGUCACAAGUUUGAUCUUGUUAGGAGAACUUGUUUUCCAAAUGCGAGUUAUUUUAAUACGGU